UGUGAUCUUUUCAAUCUUCUUGAACGUCCAUCAUCAGCAUCAUCAUCAGUAAUAAUUAAACAAAGAAGAAAGUAUAGCUCUAAUCAUGAUAAUUCACGUCGGCAUUAUCAUCAUCAUCAUAACCGUCCAAUAGAUUGUGAAAAAAUUCAACCAAAAAAAAUUAAAAAAAAUACGAAUGAUCGAAAAUCUAAUCAUCAUCAAUCGUCCUAUUAUAAAGAAACAGAACAUCAGAAUAAUACAUUAUUAUCAAGCGACAGAUAUGAUCGAUCAUCAGAAAAAACAAAAAAAAAUAAUGAUAUUUAUCAACGACGUUCGUCAAACAAAGGAUUCUUUCGACGAGUAGUACGCAAUUAUUUUUGUAUAUCUUCAACGAUUGCUAACAGUGGAUAUUCAAGCUAG